GUACCGGGCGGGUCAGGGGCGGUCCCGGGGCCGGUGCAGGGGCGCAGCCGCAGCCCGCGCGCUCCCGGCGUGCCCCGCGCCCGUCGCCCUGGAGACGCCGCCGCAGCCGCCGGGCAUGGAGGGGCCGGGCACGGAGGGGCCGGGCACGGAGGGGCCGGGCACGGAGGGGCCGGGCACGGAGGGGCCGGGCACGGAGGGGCCGGGAUGGGCCGCGGAGCCCAGCGGAGGGGCGGACGAUGGGGCGGACGAUGGGGCGGACGGGCUCCGCUGGCCCCGGCCCCCCGAGCAGGGCACAGAGCUCCCGGCAGAGCCGCGGUGUGAGACACCCCCGGCCGGCCCGCAGCCGAUCCCCGCGGGCCUGCCCACCCUCCUGGCCUACAGACCCGAGUCCGCACAGGCAGUCGUACACCACGAGGCAGAGGAGGAUGCUGAGCCAACAUGCGAGUACUGUGGCAACCUGCUGAGGCCGUUCCCUUUCUCUGAGGACAUCCCUCUCUCCGAGGACCAGGAAGACAGAUUCUGCUGCGAGCGCAGCCGAGAGCUCUACGAGUUCAUCAGGAAUGAGAGGAAGAGGCUCGAGGAUGUCAGCAGCCUUCCCAGAGCUGUCAGCACCCAUGAAUCCCUUGGCUCUGAAGACAACCUGCUGCUGUCAAAGGAGCAAGAGAACUGGAGGCAGCAGAAGAGACACCUGGCUAGAGAGCUGGCUGAGCAGUCUUUAAAGCCGAGUGCCACUAAAGGUUCACAGCAAGCUGGAUCCAUUUCCUAUGAGCUUUCCCAGGAACUCACAUCUCCCAAAGGUGGGACACCAGAGCCUGUUCCAAGUGCAGCUGAGCCCAAGCCUGAGCUGGAGCCCCGGCCCCAGGAGGAGCCAGAGCCGGAGCCCCAGCCCCAGGAGGAGCCGGAGCCCGAGCCCGAGCCCGAGCCCGAGUUCUGGCCCGAGGAGGAGCCCGGGCCCGAGCCUGAGCCCUGGCUUGAGGAGGAGCCAGAGCCCCAGCCCCAAGAGGAGCCCGGGCCCAAGCCCGAGUCCCGGCCUGAGGAGGAGCCUAAGCCCGAGACAGAGCCCGAGCACGAGGAGGAGCCUGUGGCCUUCGGUGACCUUGGCUAUGAUUUCAGUCUUCUGGGGAAGAAGGUGAGGAAGGGUAAAUUGGUGCAGAAGUACUACAAAAAUGGAAAGAAAUUCCUUACCAUGCUCCCAGACGGAACCUCGCAGUUAUUCUAUCCAUCUGGAAACCUGGCCAUCAUCAUUACAAGACAGAGAGACCAGCUGAUUUGCGUAGUACAGGAAGAUGAGCGGAGGACAGCCAAAAUCCGAGCGCUGUUUCAGUCUGAUGGCAGGAGCACAUGCUAUUACCCAAACGGAGAUGAGUGGAUAAAUAUGAGCAUCCAGGGUGGGCAGUAUUUGGACCAAGCAGGCAACAGGGUAAGAAGGUGGAUGUGGCCAAACUUGUUGCCAGGACCUCAUGUCCCACUGAGCCCCAUUUUCGUCUCCCUGAACCGCCACGUGGGAGUCAGGAUCCUGGCCCAGGACAAGAUCUUCAUCUCCUUCCUCGCCAUGGGGCGACAAGCAAAAUUCAACAUGGGAACCAAAGUGCAGGUCGGCACCGCCAGCCAGCCGCUUCCACCAGCCCAGCUGGGUGAGGACGAGCUCCUGCUGCUUGCCUUCCGGGUGAGGAUCCUGCAGCUCUUCGACAGGAUGCGGGGAUGCCUCAACUUCCCUUCCAGUGUGCAGUGGAACAAAAUGCAGCCUCCCAUGUACCUCAUGACCCAGGCUGUGAAGAUCUUGGAGCUCUCCAUGGCUGCUGACAUAAGUGACGAGCUGCGCAACUCCAUCAAGGCGAUAGUAAAUGCACAGGAGCUUUGACUGGUGUGUGUGUGUAGUGUAAGGCAAAAUGAGCCAGAGACAGUCCCUGAUGCUGUGGCACCUGCAUGUGCUCAGCAAGGUUUCUCCUCUGGCCCUGCCCUGCCUUGGUGCAGAGCAAAGGGCAGUCCAGGGUUGAUCUGCACAGCCCCAAAUGGGUCUUGCUCAGGGCAGGCAGCAGCAGCUCUCACUGGGGACACCUGGUGAUGGAGGCAUGAGAGGGCUUUGCUCAGGCAGCUCCUGAGCAGCCUCUCUUCUGUCUCCAGCCCCAGCUGAGUACACACUUCAGCCCUUGGCUAAGGCACAAGGUAAAAACAUAGCACAGCCAAGGCAGGGCUUGGGACAGGUACACAGGCAGGUGUUUGCUCCAGUCACCCACACAGGUACUGCUCUGCCACGCCUGACAAGAAGGUGGGAGCAGCAGGAAUGCCCCAAGUAUUCCCAGUGCCCAUGCCCAGGGCAGUUCAGCUGGCUGCAGCUGCAAGACAAGGUGGUUCCCUGUCCAGAGAGUGACAAAUGCCCUCAGAGUGCCCAAAGCAAUCACCUAUGCUUGGUUCCAGGGAGUACCAGCUGCAGCCAGGGAUGGGCUCUGGUUCAAGCACUGCAAACACAGAGCUGCCAAUGGGCAUUUAGAGACCUGUGGUGCUGCACUUGGCAGUGAGGAACCUCCCAGCCCCUCAGAGCUCACUUGGGCUUCUCCUGGCCAGCUUCCCCCAGGGAGGCCACACCUCAACUCUGGCAGGUGCCUGAAGGGUAAGGCCAAGCUCCACGUGC